AUGUCAACUGAGCAAGUUCCCAAAAUUCCAAAUAGACCCGUGAGGAGGAGGAAAACUAGCGAAGAGAUCGUUCCCGGCUCAGUAGAAACUCCAUCUGUUGUUGGGACAGAAAAUUCUCGUGUUGCUGACGAAACCGAUAGUAGCAUACCUGGAGUUCCCUUACAUCGUCCUUUGAAGUCUCAAACAGCACCUGAUUUUCCGUUGAUCCAAUCUGGUCAACCACCGCAUGAAUUCAAAACGGAAGAAGGAACCGGAGAAGAAAAGACAUCUUCCGCUCCACCAACUAGUGCUGAAAACACUGAAAAGGUUGAUACUACUGAGGGGCUUGAUGAUAUAGCGGAAGGUACUAGUGAGCAAUUGAGGGAAUUGCAAAAUUUGAUCAGCAGGCAUGGGAUAAUCAAGAGAGAGAGACCUGCCGGAUCUAAUCAAGCCCCAGAGGCCUCAGCAGAUAGAGAAUACUCCGAAGAUCCGAUUACUGGGAUCUCCAAGGAUUCCACUGCAAGCGACCUUGGUCUAUCGGGCAACCUUCUGAGCAAAGCCUCAGAAGGUCCCGUAGAUAAGCUUUCCACACCAUUUGCAGAGUCGCGAGACGACUUGAGCGAGUAUGGUAUUGAAGCUGAAACCGCAAGUGACACCAAACCAACAAGAGGUCAGAGUGCAGAGGUACACGUUGAUGCUUACCCUGGAAUACUAGAGGAACAAGAGAAAGAAGUACAAACUGAGCCUGCUAUUCCAGCUAGGCCCAAGAAAAUAAACAAAGGGAUGGAAAAAGGUAAAUCCGGAUUUGUACCAGAAAUGAGGGCGCCAAGUACAAAUUUAAUUCCAACAGAAGAGACCAGCUCUCAACAGGCUCAAGAGUGUGGAAAGAACCAGCCGCCAAUUGCAGAACAAAAAACAGGGCAAUCAAAUCCAGAUAACGAGAAUCAAGGUGAAGUCCCAAUUACGAAACUGAACACAGACAGUACGGACAGUCUUUCAGAGACCGUUACAGUAAAAAAGCGUGCAGCUCCACCUGUUCCUAAGAAACCUUCAUCCAGAAUUGCGGCUUUUCAAGAGAUGCUGCAAAAGCAACAGCAAGAGGAAAUACAACAACAUUCCAUACCUGCCAAAACGAACACCUCAACCCAGCCCGAAGAACCAGAAAUAACUCUCAAGCGUCCAUCGCAACAAGUUCACUCUUUAGCUAGUAAUGAUAAAGCUAAAUUUGCGCAGAAUCUGAAUGGUAUAUUUGCACUGCCCGGAAUGACACCGCAAGGUAACCUACCUGCUUCUUUAAGUCAAAAGCUGAAACAAACGUCCGUGAAAGAAGAAGGCUUGACCUCCAAAGACAAGUCACUGAGCGACAUACGCCAUAAUAGAUCCAAAGGACCUCGCGGACGCAAGCUACCAACCAAUAUUUCAAAAAUUGAAAAGAUUUCGACUCAAGACUCUAACAAUGAGAUAGAGGUCUUCAAUACCUGGAGUAUCGUUUAUACGAAGGAACGUAAAACUCGAAUGAAACCGCAGGACAUCACUUCGUCGAGACGAGAGAUUCCACAUCAUCUUGCGGACAAUCUACAGGGACUCAUUAGUGCAGGUAUCCAGGAAAGACGACCAUCACUUUCAGAAACGCAGAUUAAUGAAUUGCCCCUUUUGAGGUCAGAAGGUGGUCCUAUGACAAACAACGCAGCCAGUUUUGCCGUUGAUGAAUCUCCCAAGAGCUCACAUAUUGAUGACUAUGUAAGCCCCGAUCAACAUACAAAGCUCUCUGAAGAAUUGAGCCUCAAUCAGGAUGAUUCAACGCAAGAAGAACCAGUGAAACCUGUCAUGAUCUCUGACGAAAAGGAGACUGAAGCGAGUGAAGAGACUACUGAUUGA